AAAAAAAGUACUAUGUAUCCUUAUAUGCAGCCCGUCCAGUCAACCGGUGAAGAGUACAGUGCUGGCUAUGGCAGCUAUGACUAUUGUGAUGGAUAUUCCGAUCGUCCUGCGGACCACUAUGGCCAUCUGGUGGAAGUGCAUGGUUUUAAUUCCACGAAUAAUCGAGCCGCGAUAGAGCGCAAACCUAGGCUUUCCCAGAUCAGAGCGAUUGCGCAAAACACUUUGCCUGCUGUUUACUCCACUGCUGCCAGUCUGCAAACUAGCCCAUUUGCUCCUAAUCAGUUUAUUCCUCAGCCUCCUCCUCUCGCUCCUGGCCAGCCAAACUCUGUCUCAUUGGCUCACUACCAUUAUUCCAAUUACUAGUCUGCUGCCUGUGGUUUACCACGUCUUUUAUGGCUGGAAUACCCCAUGAGUUUUCGCUGACGAAUGUUUAGGUAUAUCAUUCCUAGAGGACAUGUUUCCAUUUGUACGUUUGGUGUCGAUAAAUGCAUAGGAACACACUCA